AAUCCCAUGUUUACCCUUCUUAUUCAAAUAUCUCAACCACUAGCCGCCAAUUUACAAGGGCCAAUCUUGUCAUUUAGCAGUUGAAAUACCAUAAAAUAUAAAAUCCUAAAUUCGCUCGCAGUCACAGAGAUAUUUUACACAAAUUUUCAAAUUUAUUAGAUUUCUUUAAAAAAAUCUUAAUUUUGAUUUUUUUUCAAUCGGGAUAGAAAAUGCAUUCUUUGUCCGGUAUUAAGGCAUUUACGGAUUUCAAUACGGGCACGAGGCCGUAUUUCCCGCUUCGGAGCUCCGGUUUUGACCGGAAACAGCAACAGUGCGUCAUCAAUUUGAGAGAUUCAUCUUCUUCUUAUAGAAAAUGUCGGAUUGUAGCGUGUUCCGUUGAGAGAAAUGAGAAUGGCGGCGGAGCAAGUUCGAGUUCGAGCCCCGGGUCGGAUACGGGUACGGGUUCGGAUUACAGUGCCAGUUCAUUGUUGUCUCGGACUCAAACUUAUGCUUUAUUGAAACAGCAAAUGGAUGUCGCUGCUCAAUCUGAGAACUAUGAAGAGGCUGCAAGAAUUCGUGACUCGUUGAAAUUGUUUGAAGAAGAGGAGCCGGUUCUUCGGUAUCGGAGAUUGCUCAAAGAGGCGACCAAUGAAGAGCGGUUUGAGGAUGCAGCUAAAUAUCGCGAUGAGUUGAAGGAAAUUGCACCAUAUUCUCUGUUGAAAUGCACAAGUGAUGCCACAACCUUGGGAAUUAGGGUCCAAGUUAGGAGUGUGUACAUUGAGGGCCGAAGUCAGCCUUCAAAGGGGCAGUACUUCUUUGCGUAUAGAAUAAGGAUCACUAAUAACUCGGAUCGUCCUGUUCAACUUCUCCGAAGACAUUGGAUUAUUACCGAUGCCAAUGGAAGAACUGAAAACUUUUGGGGAAUUGGAGUUAUCGGUGAACAGCCAGUUAUACUUCCUAAGACGGGAUUCGAAUACUCAUCUGCUUGCCCUUUACCUACUUCGAAUGGAAGAAUGGAAGGUGACUUUGAGAUGAAGCACAUUGAUAAAAUAGGCUCACCGACAUUCAACGUAGCUAUUGCGCCAUUUUCUCUGUCUACACUCGGAGAUGAUAGUGAAACUUUUGAAAUAUGAUGUUGGUGACUCUUUUGCAUCGGGCGGAGGAGCUUCAACUGUCUCAUGCAUUGUGCCAUUAACAAAUUGAUGGUUAGAAAACUGUAAAACAGUCUUAUGCAUGAAUAUAUUGUCUUCAGUCUUCUCAUAUACAAUGCUUGUUGAGAAGGGUAGCAAUUACAUUGUAUGUAGUGGAAGAAAUCAGUUAGCACAUAGCAGAGAUGAUUAAAAGGCAUGUAAAUUAUUCUUUUUGUUUUUUUGGUGUUACAUUAUUCCCAUGUAAAGACAUAAUUACUAGAAUCAAAGUUGGAAGCAUUACAAUGUUA